AAAACAUCAAGAAGAGAUUCAACCUGACAAAGCUGGGUUUCCUGAUCAUCAAGAAUCUCACUGUGGAAAUGAAUGGGCUGUACACAGCAGAAGUCAAAUUCAAGUCAGGACAAUCUCAAGAGAAGACCUUUCGACUCUGUGUAUAUGAGCCUGUUCCAUUCCCCCAGAUUCAGACUUAUUCUUCAUCAAGCACAUCAGGCUGGUGCAAUGUUACUUUUGAGUGUGACACCGGGGGGUACACUGAAGACCUCACUGUGUCUUGGAUGAGCAAUGAUCUGGGGCAGAAUGGGACACUGGGGCCAACCCCUCACUCCAAGAAUCUGAGCCUGAGCCUGCCCAUAGACCGGUGGAAUGGCUAUCUCUCCUGUGUGGUCAGCAAUCCUGUAGACCAGAAGAAUGCCACCUUAGACCUGAGGGGCAUCUGUCCACAGAAGGAACUAAAGUCUCAUGGACAGAACCAUUUCAUCCUUUGGCAAGUAAUUCGGGGUGCUCUUCUGGUUGCACUGCUGAUCCUGUUUGCUGGACUGUACUUUUGGAAGACUCGGUGGGGGAAGAAGAAGGAAACAGGAACAGGGUGGAGGUGAACAACAUCUGGAGUAAAAGAAAUUUACCAUUACCAUCUACAGUUGGAUUUCUAACCUAGUUAAGGCUGA